AUGAGGCGAUACUCUUCCGCCGUUGGGUCUUUGCGUACUAGCCUAGAUCAGCAGGUCGACGAUUUCAGUGCUUGUGCUGCUGCGCUUUUCACACUCGCGCAGAUCGAGGGCUGUUAUGCACCCGAAUGUGACGAAUGGCGCAAGCAUCUUCUUGAGAUUGCUCGCACUGGCUCGGGAGGUUCUUUUGGCUGUCGCUAUAACACUGAUCACCUUCUGGAGUCUAUAUCACGAAUAAGCCACUUCGGCUACACAAUUGGUGCGAGUAACGCUGUGUUACAAUCAAUCAUGAAAGUGCAUCGUCUUGCAGAGGCCCUCAGAAGUGGUGAGUCGCUUAUAGAAGUUGAAGUUCAAUGCGGAAAAAUUCUCGGCGAGCUUGGUACCUCGGAAUCAGACACGAUAAUCACGCCGCCCUCGCAGAGUCGCCAGGGGUACCUCAGCAGCUUACAUCGACGUAUAUUCCGCAAUGCUGCCGUGAUUUAUUUGUAUCGGGUCAUUUAUGACGUUGCACCCAUCGCUAUUCGAGACCAGGUUUUCAACGUCCUCUGCGAUACGAUCAGCUUCCUAGACGUGAAGGGUGGUAGCGUUUCGCUUUGGCCUGUCUUUAUUGCUGCUGUGGAAGCGUGCUCAAAACAGGAGAGAGACUUGGUGAGACAAUGGUUAGAAUACUCCUGCAAAUUAGGCAUUAGCAAUCGUCGUGCAGCCCGGUGUAUCAUUGAGGAAGUCUGGAAACAGCGUGACCAGGAAGCGUUGUUGAGAGAUAUUGAACCAGAAUAUGUCGCUGUAGACUGGCGUCAGGUCCAAUAUCGCCUCAAGAUCGAUAUUCUUUUGCUUUAA